GAGAGAAAAGAAAACCCUAGUUAGUCUUCCUUCAUUUAAAGGUGUUAUAUAAAUUCUCUUAUCUCUCCCUCCUGCUCUCUUAUUUCCUCUAUUUCCUUGAAGUUGCAGAGCUUGACCUUAAAAAAAAAAAAAAAAAAAAGCUUUCUUUCCAACUCUCUCUCUCUCUCUCUCUCUCGCUCGCGUGCGCGCUAGGGAAAGCAGGUUCUUAUCAGCGGUUGACUUAGGUAGUUAGAAGACAGUAGAAGCUGCUUAGGGUUGUGUAACUAUCGCAACUUGCUUGGAAAACAGUAGUUGAUUAGAUCUGUGUAUAUCGUAGUCUAAGGAUCUAAAACCUGGUUCAAAUGUUCUCAAGGACUUUCUAAUUUCUGUUGGGAGUUUUUAUUUAUAAUAAAAAGAGCUAAGGGUAAUAAGCUUGGGAAAUAUUUUGGAGUCAUGCCGGUAUCGGGAAAUGAAGAGACUGGGGUUAAACCCAUGGUCCGGAAAUCUAGUGAUUAUAUUGCAGGUGUUCCUAUCAAGAAGAGGAGGUUUCCAAUAUUCAGGCCUCCUUCGCCUCCACCUGAAGUACCUUCAGUGGAAAAUGAUUCUCUUCAAAAGGAUCCAUCUAGCCCAUCUCAGGGGUCAGCUCUUUCAAAUGCUAGCGUUGCUACAAGUUCUUGUUUAUCUGACAUGAAUAAGAAUUCAGAAUCUGAAGUACGGAGAGGAAGCUCUGAUGUCGUAAACGACUAUGUGGUCCAAAGCAAUGUUAAUUACACUAAAGUUAAAGUUGAGGAGCCUAGCAUCAGUGUUCACCCAGGUUCUUUGGAUGACGUUAACAGCAAAGAUAAGCUUCUGAUGGCUGAAAAUGAAGUGCGGCGGAUAAUUUCAGUGAAAAAGGAGUUGAGUUUAGCAUCAACUGAAUCUCUUGCACUUAACAUAGGGAACCGUCUGCCAACUAACCAAAAUACUGAAGUUAAGAAUGCAUCAGAAGUGUCUUCAUUACCAGAGAACAGUGCAUCAUUGUUUCAAUUAAAGGAACAUCUUCCAGCUUUGGCAGGCCAAUGCAGUGAUAGUAGAUUUCAGAAUCAGGGUACUUUAGAAUCUAUUUCACUAAAUUUGUCCUUGAGUAAAGAAACUAGCAAUAUCAAAGGCAAAAACGAUGGAGAUGGAUCGAGUAACAGUAGCGCUCUUCUGCAUGCAAAUAGGGCAAACUGGGAUUUGAAUACAACUAUGGAUGCAUGGGAGGGUUCUGCAAAUGAUGCUGCUGUUGAUAAAAUGUCUGUUGACAGGAUAGAUACAACAGGUGGGACACAUGAUAUAAAGCCAUUGAUAUGCUCAAGUGGAAUGAUCGGUGUUGAUGUUGCUUCAGAAAAGCACGCUGAGAAUUUAACAAAGUUGGCCAUAGCAUCCUCACUGCCUAGCAAGCAGUAUAAAUCUGAUGACUCUCUUGAUUUAGGCCUUAGUCCAUCUUGCCCUCAGCCAAGCAUCGGUCAUGAAUCUUCUGCCUCAUCCUUUAAGUUAGAUUCAAACAGGGCUAUUCCGAAUACUAGUUUGUCGAAAGUGGAGGUGAAAACUAGUAAUCUGAAUGCCAUUAAUAUGAGAGCUGUAAAAUCAGAACCAGUUGAUGAGAGUGUCAAGUCGGAUCAGGAGGGAGCUAAUGCCACUAAUGUUGGAUUAUCAAGUAGUAGAGUAGGGAAAGGGGACCAGUGCCGUCUUGAGGCCCUUAAAUCUCCAAGUGUUUUGAACAAAAGAUUAGUUGAUCUUAGAUCCAUUAAAUCUGAACCAUCUUUUGAGGGUAAUAAGAAAACAGUCAAGUUAGUGGAAGGGAUGCCACUCCAAUUGAAAAGGCCGGUGGUACCAGGUGUGGAUAAUCAUAUAUGUGCAGGAAAAUCUGCUUGUUCAACAGAGUUGACUAAAAGUGGGGAUCUUUUGAAUAACUCAGGACAGUUUUCUAGUACUAAUGCAGCCCAGAAUGAUGCAACAAUUUCACAGGAAGCUGGUGGAAGUAGUAAGCAGGUUGUUACAUCAGUGGAUGGUAAAGUAGAUAUCGUAAAGCCUGAAGACAGUAUGGUUGAACAUCCACAAAAGGUUGAAGAUCCACAAAGUUGUAAAUUGAAAUCGACGAAUGAACUGCUUGAUUCACAUGGAAAUGAUGAGGGUUCUGCAAGCGAUGAGGAAAAAAUUAACAUAUCCGCUGAUAUGCUAGAAGAUACUUAUGAUUCUGAUUAUGAGUCGGAUGGUAAUCAUGCUUUAAAUGCGGCAGUUGAUAUGAAACAAGAUCGUGUAGAGGAUGAUUAUGAAGAUGGUGAGGUCCGAGAACCACUUGAACACAUUCCAGCUGAAAAAUCAAUGUGUGAGAAGGGACCAGCAGAACUCAUAGAUAAAGAUGAUUGUGGUAAUAAAAAAAUUGACUCUGUGGGAUUUAGUAGUGAUGUUGACUGUAAUUCAUCCUAUGCUGGGGGAAAAGACAAUAAAUCAUUGGAUAUCAAUGAAACUAGUAAUAAGGAUGGUGAGCAGGCUACUGCUAUGGCUCUUGAUAAACCAGAGACAGAAUCUAGUAGACCUGUGUGUUUCCAAGAAUCACCGACUGUUGAAAAGCAACCUGGUGAAGCUGUAAUUAAAGGGCUUGUUAAGGUUGCACAAAGAAAGCCACGUGAUUUAUUGGGAAAGAAAGAUGUGCAGAAGAGUCAAGAAACAGAACCGCAAUCUAACCAAGUUUUUAAUGAGAGUGAAAGAACUGUAGUGACUGUGUCUCAAGGGACAGAGGUGGAUGUUAAUAGAACUGAUGAGGUACAAACGAAUGGUCCUGCUUUGCCCAAACCAUCGACAAGUGGUGAUAAUACAGCAAAUAAUACCAGUGGUGCAGGUCAACGCAGCCGGAUCAUAAAUUUACCCCGUUCUAAUGCAUCUCCUCCUGGUAAAACAAGAUCCUUUCCUGGCAGGUUAUCGCCAUCAAGAACUGGAAGAGAGAGAGAUCUUGCACUCGAGGGAGAUAAAAUACAUCCUCGAGGGAGAGAUGAAAUAUAUCUUGAUAGUACCCAAAAAUUUUCAAGGGAGAGGCAUCAAGAUCAAUCACACAGAAACACUAGGAUGAAUUUUCAACGUGGAAGAGGUAGGUUUACUAGUCGAGUAGACACUUUCCGUGGUGAUCGAGAAUCUGACCAUGACUUUAAUUCUGAAUUUUAUAAUGGUCAAACAGGGUUUCGUGUUAGACAUAAUAAAUAUGCAGAAGCUGACUUAGAAUAUAGUCCUUAUAAUAUUGCCCAAGAUGUUCACUUUGUUGGUACUGGUCGGGGAGGGAGGAAGCCCCUAAAUGAUGAAGGACCAAUUAUUCACCGUAUGCCCUCAAGGAGGAGGUCUCCUGGUGGAGGGCGUGGCUUGCAUAUGGUUCGAAGAAUUCCAAGACAUAUUAGCCAGAAUAGAUGCAUUGGUGAAGAUGGUACUGAGUUGGUUGGCCUGAGGCACGGUGAGAAGUUCAUGAGGGGUUUUCCUGAUGAUUCCAUGGAUCCCAGAUUCACACGCCCCCAACCUUCGUAUGAGGGAGUAGAUGGCCAUUUUGGCAGAGGAAAUAGGACUUUUUCACCUGUUCAGAGGAGGGGGCUUCCUCGAAUCCGUUCAAAAUCUCCAAUAAAUUCCAAAACUCGUUCUCCUGGACAAUGGUCUUCUCCUAGAAGAAGAUCUCCAGAUGGGUUUGGACAUCCAGGAUUAACUCAUCGAAGAUCUCCACCAUUUUAUAGGAUGGAGAGGAUGAGAUCCCCAGAUCGCCCUUGUUUCCCCGGAGAAGUGGUGGUUAGAAGGAAUGAUAUGAGGGAUAUGGAUUCUGGACGUGAUCAUGGUCAUCCAAGGCCUGUCAUUCCUAACAGGAGCCCUUCUGGUCGGAUUAUACUCAGAAAUAGGGGAUUUGAUGUUAUAGAGUCUCAAGAAAGGCCCGAUGGUGAUGAUUACUUUGGGGGUCCUCUCCAUUCUGGACGAUUGCAUGAACUUGCUGGUGAUGGAAAUGGCGAUGACAGACGAAGAUUUGGUGAGAGACGUGGACCUCUUCGUCCCUAUAGGCCUCCUUUUAAUGAUGCUGAUGGUGAGAAUUUUCAUCUUAAUCCAGAGGAUGGCCCUAGGCCUUUUAGGUUCUGUCCGGAUGAUGAUGCAGAGUUCCAAGAAAGAGGCAAUUUAAGGGAAAGAGAGUUUGACAGAAGGAUUAAAAAUCGACCUGGAAAUGCACCUAGAAGAAUGAGAAGCAUUGAGGAGCAAGAAUCAAAUUACAGGCAUGGUGGACAGGUGUGGCAUGAUGAUGGAUUUGAUGAUUUAUCACGAGUGAAAAGAAAGAGAUUUUGAUGUGUUUUUGUUAUAGCUGAGACCUUGGAUUUUAGAUCCAUGGUGUAUGAUGGGACUCGCUCAGGCUGAAAUAGCCAAUUUACAGGAAGCUGGUAAGAACUUUUAUCUGGUUGAAGGGCCAAACAAGUUGCUUUUGUUUGCAGUAUGAGUUUUUACAACAAUCAGUUGGUCGCAUAGAUUUAGUGUUCAUGAAUUCAAGAGGAGAUGCUUUGUGACCAAUUGGUUCAUUGGUCUGAUAUGUAGAUAGCUGUUCUCGUAUUGUGGUAGCUAAUUGAUCAUGAAGCUCAUUUUAUAGGUGCCUUUACACUACUUCUGGGCAUUGCAUACACUGUCUCAGUUUAGUUUAGCAAAUUUUUACUGUAGUAAAUUAUGGUUGCAAUACUUAUUAUCUCAGUGGUGGAGUCAGUAUGUAAAUUCUUCAGGAGUCUUACUUGAAGUACAUUCUACUUUUUGGUUCUGAGAUUGAUAGCAAGUGCAGGCAUGCAUGCGAGGAUCUGAUAGACUUAAAGAUAAUAUUCAAGUCAUCGAGAAAUGGAUAAUAAAGUUGGUAAUAUUGCCUGUUAUUUUUCUGCUUCUUCACAUCUUCCUGUAACGAGAAAUACUAUUCCUUCAAUGUUGUUGCCGCAUAAUCAAUGAUGAGAAGUCUGUUUUCAUUACCUGCUGCUGAAAGCUUCUGUGAAGUUGUACUACAUGAUCUGCUUUUAUUGUUGAAGAAGAAAUUUGGAGGCUGUUUAUAUUUAGCUUCUAUAUAAUGCUAAAACAAUUUGUUAUGGGCUGGUUCUGAUAGGCAUGUAGUGGGAUGAAAACUUUUGAGGUUGUCAUCUAGAGCAGGAGCUGUUUAUUCACGAUUUUCUGAUGCAGUGAGACUGAGACUCUAGUCUGUUAGGGUAAGUUUUUGAGAUAUAGUUUUAGCUUUCUAGUGGUUUAGCUCUCAGUGCUUUUGCUGAUAAAACAGUUGUGGAGUUUAAAGAAAGGCAAUGGGUCAAUAUUUCUGUCUGGAGUAAUUUCAGAAUCAUAAUCUCUGAAUUUUCAGGUGGAUAGUUAGUUGAUAUUGCCGAUUUCUUUGCUUCCCAUAGCUGUCAAAAAUUCCCAAUUUGAAUUUUUUUAGAUUGAUGGCAUCCACAGAAUCUUAAGAAGGCUACUGCCCUUUGAGAAAUGGAUAUUGAAGUGGCUUUGUUGCUUGCUUUUUCUUCUUCA